AUGGCAGCUUUGAAGGAGCUUCUUCCUCCAGUGAAAUCGACUGGAACUACACAUUAUGACCACUCGAAUGAUCCAUGGUUCAAGCAAAGGUAUACUGCAGCGGAGGCCGAGAAAGCUGCCACAAUCAAGGCCAAUCCAGUGCCUCCAUACUUGAAAAGGCAGGGCUUUCGGCCAACAAAGCUUGAGGAUUAUGGUGAUGGCGGGGCAUUCCCAGAGAUUCUCUUUGCUCAAUACCCUCUUGAUAUGGGGAGGAAAAGGGACGGGAACCCCGGGGCGAAGACGUUGCCUGUUACUGUUGAUGAGCAUGGUAAUGUGACGUUUGAUGCGAUUGUGAAGCAGAAUGAAAAUGCUUCGAAGAUUGUUUAUUCGCAGCAUAGGGACCUUGUCCCGAAAGUUUUGAAAAAUGAUGAGGAAGAGGGCGAGAUGGAUUCAGAUGAGAAGAACGAGGAAAUUGAAGAGACCACCCAGCAGACAAAAGCGGCCCUUGAGAAAAUUGUGAACGUGAGGUUGAGUGCAGCACAGCCUAAAAAUGUACCCACUCAAUCUUCCGAUUCCAAGUUUAUUAAGUAUAAACCUUCGCAGCAGUCGGCAGCUUUUAAUUCGGGUGCUAAGGAGAGGAUUAUUAGGAUGGUGGAGAUGCCUGUGGACCCGUUAGAACCACCAAAGUUUAAGCAUAAGAGGGUUCCCAAGGCAUCUGGUUCUCCACCUGUGCCAGUUAUGCACUCUCCGCCUCGACCUGUGACUGUGAAGGACCAGCAGGAUUGGAAAAUCCCACCGUGUAUUUCAAACUGGAAGAACCCGAAAGGGUAUACAAUUCCACUUGACAAGCGUUUGGCUGCAGAUGGUAGGGGGCUUCAGGAUGUUCAGAUUAAUGACAAUUUUGCAAAGCUUUCUGAGGCAUUGUAUGUGGCAGAACAGAAGGCUAGAGAGGCCGUGGCAAUGCGCUCAAAGGUUCAGAAGGAGAUGAUGAUGAAAGAGAAAGAAAGAAAAGAGAUGGAGCUGCGUGAGUUGGCUCGGAAGGCAAGGUCUGAGCGAACUGGUGCUGCACCACCAGCUGUUGCUCCAGUGUCUUCUGAGAAGAUUAUGAUGGAUGCUGAUGAUAUGGGUGGGGACUAUGAACGCGUGAAAGAGAGGGAUGCCCCAAGGGAGACAAAGGAGGAAAGGGAGGAGCGAUUACAAAGGGAGAAAAUUCGUGAGGAGCGGCGACGGGAGAGGGAGAGAGAAAGGAGAUUGGAGGCCAAGGAUGCUGCAAUGGGAAAGAAGAGUAAGCUUACUAGAGAUAGAGAUCGCGAUGUUAGUGAGAAAGUUGCUCUUGGGAUGGCAACUACUGGAGCAGGAAGAGGAGGAGAGGUUAUGUAUGACCAGAGAUUGUUCAACCAGGAGAAGGGAAUGGAUUCUGGGUUUGCUACCGCCGAUCAGUACAAUGUCUAUGACAAGGGCCUAUUUACUGCCCAGCCUACACUUUCUACACUGUACAGGCCCAAGAAAGAUGUUGACAAUGAUAUGUACGGAGGUGCAGAUGAGCAGAUGGAGAAGAUAAUGAAGACUGAUCGAUUUAAGCCUGAUAAGGCAUUUGUGGGCACAUCUGAGAAAACUGGUCCGAGAGAUAGGCCUGUUGAAUUUGAGAAAGAGGCUGAAGAAGCUGAUCCAUUUGGCCUUGACCAGUUCUUGACAGAGGUGAAGAAGGGUAAGAAAGCCAUGGAUAAAGUGGGCAGUGGAGGUACUAUGAAAGCAAGUGCUGGGUCAUCCAUGCGAGAUGGCUACGAAGCAUCUAAUAGAACUCGUAUUGCCUUUGAAAGGGGGCGUUAA